CUAAUUAUGUACACUAAUUCAUCCUAAUCCUAUAUAAUAAAACAUGUAUAUCAAAUGUCAAACACAGUCACAUAGUCACUCACACACACUUCUAACACAAAGAAAAAGAGAGUCACUCAUACUAAGUGUAUAACCAUUUUCCUGUGCUCCAAGAUGAAGAAAGCAGAAGUGGUGUUUGUCCCUUUUCCGGCUGAGGGUCAUAUAGUUUCUGCUCUCGAGUUUGCGAAGCUUCUAAUCAACCGUGAUAACCGUCUCCGAAUAACUGUUUUAGUUAUCAAAUUCCCACACAUCACAGAAACCGAUGUCUACACUAAAUCCCUUCCUAUCUCCGAUUCACUCCACAUCAUCAACCUUCCAGAAUGUUCUCUUGCCCCAAACACAGAUCAAGGUCCCUCUAUGACUGCGCUCCUCGAAGCUCAGAAACCAAACGUCAAACAAGUAGUAUCUAACCUCAUUACCAGAUCAGAAAAUGGAGUCCUUGCCGCUUUUGUUGUUGACAUGUUCUGCACAAACAUGAUUGAUGUUGCCAAAGAGUUCUCUGUCCCUACGCUUGUCUUCUUCACUUCCGGUGUUGCGUUCCUUGGAUUGAGUUUUCAUCUUUACACUCUUCGUCAACGAGACAAUGUCUAUUCAACUAAGUUGUUACAACUCACUGACUUGGCUGUCCCGAGUUUCGCUAACUUGGUUCCAACAAAAGCAUUGCCCAGUGCUGUGCUAAGCAAAGAAUGGGAGUCGUUUAUGAUGGGCUAUUGGAAAGGCCUCAAGAACGCUGAUGGCUUUAUAGUAAAUUCAUUUGAAGAGCUAGAAUCCCACGCAGUUCACUCGAUUUCAUCUGAUCCUGGUCCAGCUGGUUUACCUAUAUAUCCGGUAGGGCCCAUACUGAACCUGGAGCCCAAAACCAAGGGCACCGUUGAUUCCGAUGACAUCAUCAAGUGGCUUGAUGAUCAACCUGCAUCCUCAGUAGUUUUCCUCUGCUUCGGAAGUAUGGGUUCUUUCGACGAGGAUCAGGUUACGCAGAUUGCAUGCGCUAUUGAGAAUAGUGGGGCCCGGUUCAUAUGGUCUCUUCGUAAACCUCCACCGGAGGGCACCAUGGCCUCGCCCUCUGAUUACCCUCUUUUUGAUUUGGGUUCAAGUUUACCCGAAGGAUUUUUAGAGCGGACAGCAGAGAUUGGAAGGGUUGUUGGAUGGGCCCCACAAGUCCAAAUACUAGCCCACCCAGCCAUUGGAGGAUUUGCUUCGCAUUGUGGUUGGAAUUCAGUACUCGAGAGCAUUUAUUUUGGUGUGCCUAUAGCCGCAUGGCCACUUUAUGCAGAACAACAGACUAAUGCUUUUGAAUUGGUGUGUGAGUUGAAAAUAGGAGUUGAAAUUUCGUUGGAUUAUAGGGCGGAGUUUAAUGGUGCGCCUAACUAUCUUGUAACUGCCGAUAAGAUUGAGAGAGGAAUAAGGAGUGUGUUGGAUAAGGAUGGAGAUGUAAGGAAGAAAGUGAAAGAGAUGAGUGAAAAAAGUAAGAAGACUUUGUUAGAAGGUGGAUCUUCUUACGCAUAUUUAGGUCGAUUGGUUGAUUAUAUUAUGAAUCAGGUAUGAAGUAAAAGGAUGUUGUUAUGUGA